AUGGCUCGUCAAGGGUUCACCCUUCCACUUCUUCGGGGUACCACCACAUUGGAGUCAGCCCUCGAGCAAGAGGAGGACAUGCUCAUUGACCUAGGCUAUCCCGAGCAGCGGAUAGAAUUCUUUGUGUCACUUUACAGCAGUCGCGACGAUAUCGAGAAUAUAGCGUCAUAUCACCUUGGCCUAUGUCCCUCGGACACCUGCCCUUGGAAACCUAGGGUCCUCUGGUAUAUCAAACGAUCUAUGCUUGAAAACGGAUACUUAGUCAUGGAUUACAUUGAGACAUGGGAUGAAGAUCGUCAUCGCCAAGACAAAAGAAUCAACCUCUUUAGGGGUCUAUCUCGGAUUAUGCUCUCUUUGAGUCGGACGCCACUGCCUCGUAUAGGAUCUUGGACGUUAGACACGAAUGGGAUCUUGCAGCUUUCCAACCGUCCUCUUACUCUUCGACUUCAUCAAUUAGAAAAUGCGGGUAUUGCAACCAAUAUCGGUCGAAGCUUGACUUAUUCCACGGCGGACGCAUACUACCUAGAUCUUUUAUCUUGUCAUGAUAGUCGCAUACGAUAUCAACCAAAUUCCUUGAGUGACGCGGACGAUGGUCGCGCCCAGAUGGCAAGAUUGACUAUCAUGCAAGCGCUUCUGCCACAUUUCGCUAACCGAGAGCUUCGCGAAGGACCUUUCUUAUACAGACUCACAGACCUCCACCCAAGCAAUAUUUUUGUUGACAAUAAUUGGGAUAUCAAAUUUGUGGUUGAUCUCGAAUGGGCAUGUUCUCUACCGGCGGAAACCCUACGUCCUCCGUAUUGGUUGACUGGUCGUUCUAUAGACGAUCUAACAGGCGAGCACCUGGACACCUUUAGGCAGGCAUAUGAAGAGUUUAUGGAUGUUUGUAAGGAGGAGGAGAAAUCAUUUCCACGUAUAACCAACACCUGCUUAUAUCGGACAGAACUUAUGGGAAAAGGUUGGCAAAUUGGGAACUUUUGGUAUUUCCAGGCCUUGGACAGCCCGAAAGGCCUGUUUAAUCUUUUCCAUCAGCAUAUCCACCCCAUCUUUGCGUCCGCUCAUCGUGUUAGUUCGGAUUUCUCGCGGGUUGUAUCGGACUAUUGGGCCGCAAAUGUGGAGGAAGUGAUAGCUGCCAAGCUCCGAGAUAAAGAGGACUAUGACAAUAAGCUGUCUCAGCGGUUCAAAGAUGCUGCUGCUCAUAUUUGA